AUGGUUUCUAAUGGCAAGGUUUUUCAAAAAUCGACUGCAAUGAAAGUUAUAUUUCCUCUAGUUGGCAACGAUUUACUAAUAAAAAUUUGGUCAUAUACAUGUGAUAAAGAAAAUGGUACCAAAAUAAUUGUUUUAGAUGACUUGUCUAAUUUAUCACUUGAUAUAAUUGGUGAUGUUGGUUAUGGCUAUCAAUUUAACACCUUAACUUCUCAUUCUGGUAAUGAAUUUACAAAGGCUUUUCAAAGUUAUUGUCAACUACAAUAUAACAUAAAGCCAAUCUAUAAAGCUCUAUCAGCUUUUUUUCCUUUCCUAAUGGGGCUGUCAAUCAUGUUUGGAAAACGAAAGAAAACAGAGGAAAUUUUACGUAAUAAUCUAAACAUGGUAAUAUAAGUGGCUUAUGAUAAAUGUCGUUUCCUAAUUUACUGGCUACUAUUUGGUCAACCCGGUCAUUAAUUG